AAAGAAGGGGAGCGGAUAGUGUGAGUAAGAAAGGGGUGGAGAGAAAGAGAGAGAAAAAGGGAGAGGGAGGGAGAGUGAGAGUGAGAUGAUCAGAAGAGAGGCAAGGGGAGGAAAAAGGGACGCAGCUUAAAGACAUCUUGUUUCCUCGAGCUACAUAAGAAGAUCACAGUAAAGAUUACGAUGGCCUUCUUGUUGAUGUUCGUGAUGCUGCUGCAUUUGGUCAGUCUGGUCAUGUUGUUCAUCGCCACCCUGGAGAAGUCCUGGUGGAUGUGGGAUGGCGAGGACCGAGCGGAUCUCUGGCACAAGUGCAUCUCUGAUAACACUACAGGCACCAUGAUGUGCACCUCUGUUUCUACAAACGAUUGGUUGCAGUCAGUGCAGGCUCUUAUGGUCCUGUCCGUGAUCCUCUCCUCCAUCUCCUUUAUCGUGUUCAUUUGCCAGCUCUUCACCACUUCGAGGAAGGGCCUCUUCUACGUCAGCGGCCUUUCCCAAAUCUUUGCAGGCCUGGCGACGUUUACAGCAGUCCUGAUCUAUACUUUCCAAAGGAAAGAGAUCCUACAUGACCUUAGGGAGGGUCAUUUCGGCUACUGCUUCAUCCUGGCCUGGGUGUGUGUUCCCCUGCUGUUCUGUAGUGGAGUUCUCUAUGUCCACCUGCGCAAGAAAACACACACUGCAGCCUGAACGAAUCGAAUGCUGUGUCGCUUCGGAGUGAGUCGGUUCUUUGAAUCGACACUUUUAGGUGAACUUUGAGAGUCGAUUUGAGACCUUAAAGAAGCAACAGUUAUUAUAGUCAGAGUGCGUCCGAAAGAUGGCGCUGUUGUCCAGCUCUGUGACGUAAUCGCUCCAAACAAUUAUUAUUCACAAAAUAUGUACAUUUGAGUCUGUUGCACGUUUAUGCACAUUGGAAUAAAUGAUUGCAAAUUAAUAUUUGAUUUUUUUUAAAUAAUAAUAACCUUAUUUUGAUAAUUGGACUGAAAUUAAUGGAAGAGUUGUUAAAUGUCACCUUUUAGUAAAAUAUAGUUUGUGUUUUGACGUCAGUAUUUUUUAACAUAUAUUAACACACGUAUUCAUUGCUACAGUAGUUCUUUUAAUAAGAGUUCUUUUAAUUUCAUUUGUACACUGAAAUUUUAUUUCUUUUCAUAUUGUCAGUUUUCGUUCUUGAUAUAUUUUUUAUAAAGUAUAUUACACAAAUGUUAUUAAAAGUUUUUUGUAAUUAUUA